AUGGUUGGAAAGUCCGAUGACGAACCUCGUCUGCAAAGCCGUUCGGAUGCAACCCCAAUUGAACUCUUCUUCGAUCUAUUCUUUGUAGCCAAUCUAUCCACAUUUACCGCCACGCACGAAAUCCACAAUGUGAAUGCAUUGGGUGCCUAUAUCGGCUUUCUUGGUGUGAUAUGGUUCACUUGGCUGCAGGUAACCUUGUUCGAUAUCCGUUUUGCCCGAGACUCCGUCUUUGAAAGAGUAUGCAAAGCAAUCCAACUCGGUGCUAUGGUUGGCUUUGCGUCUGCGGGGACUCGAUUUACAGCACGAAUACGCGAUGAGAACGUAUGGGCAUUUCAGUCCCUCACUCUUAUCUUGGCGGGUAGCCGAAUGCUCCUGGCUAUUCAGUAUACUAUCAACCUCGCCUUCAUAUAUCCAUCUAUGAAGUCUGCAGCUAAGGGGGUAACUUACACGGCCGUCAUGUUCUGGACUACAACUUUCUGCUACCUCGGGAUGUACCGUAUUUUCAGCCAUGCUACUGGUUCCGGCUCUCGGAUCUGGAUAUUUUGGUUCGUCAUAUUUGGGAUUGAAAUGUGGACGGUAAUGGGGCUCUCUUGCGUUUUCCCAGAGAUAGGUUUCCAGAAGUCUCACCUCAAUGUCCGGAUGGGACUUCUUACACUAAUCAUUAUUGGCGAGGGGGUUAUUGCGGUGACUCGAAUUGUCAACAAGACGGUUCGGCCGGGUGGAUGGACUAAGUGGUCGUUUGUUCAUAUCUUGGGCGUCACUAGCAAUGUGUAUCUUUUAUGGCAGGUUUACUUCGACGUUUGUCCACGGGGCUGGCUUGGACGAUUGUCUCAACAGCUAUGGGUCCAGCUUCAUUUCCCGUUUCAUGUGGCACUUAUCCUACUUCUUGAAGGGUCACAGAUUCUAGCAUUGACGCUGGAUGUGACCCUGAAGCUGAAAUAUCUGAGACAAACGAUUUCUUUUGUGUGUGAGGAGCCGCGUCCUGACUCGGUUAAAGCAGUCGAACUCAUUCGAACUAUGAUUCUAGACAUGGAGAUCCCGUUCAGCCGGGGAGCAAUGCAGGAGUGGAUGGCAAUCUCGAGGAUCCUCAAAGAUUUAGCCCACACAUCGCUCUGUACGGGGCGUGGAGCUAUCAGCGUCAUGUACACUGAUGACAUAUUCGGUGACCUAAUGGGAAAUGUAACCGCAGCACUCUUUUCAAGCAUGGACAUUACUCCAGUAAAGGGGGAUAUCAGCCUUCUCGAUCAUCAACAAUUACUCAAGAUGUAUAUGGAGCUCCUGCAAUUUGUGUAUAUAUACUUCUUUAUCGUUGCUAGUAUUUCGAUGAGUCUGUUCACCGCAUUUUUGGUUCUUUCGUGUCGAUAUCAGCGCCGUCUAUUCCUUGCACUGUCCGUGAUGGUGCGCCUCCUGCUGGCAAUUCUUAUGGCGAGCCUUGUCUCAUUUUCCCGCUACUUCCCGCUCGCUUAUUCUUUCAUGACAUCGCCCAUCAUCUUGUAUGCUUUUACAUUGACUCUUUUGACUGUACUGCUAGUUGACCGACUUUUGGACGGGAGAGACGCAGCCUGCCGACGGAAGCAGGAAAAUAGCGCACAACUCCGUCCUUCAGCCUCUGCACCGGUGAUGACGGAAGACAAUUCGACUUCCGCGGUGGGGAAAAUACCUGAAUAA